GUUCUUCGCUAAAUCCUCUGUCGAUGAUGCAACCGGCGGCGAUCGUAUAUUUCUUGACGCUCUGCGGAUUCCUCAGUGCAAAGACAUUAAACAUGACAAUCGACAACUUGCAAGAACUCAUGUUAAAUGCGCUGAAUGAUAUCAAGAACAAUGUCGAUGACAAUCUCAACACGUUGGAACUGAUUAAAAAAGCGGGAUAUCUUGCAGAGGCUCAUGUUGUAUUGACGGAGGACGGCUAUCUCUUAACGAUACAUCGUAUUCCAGGUGCCAAAAAUUCUCCACCAGUGUUUGUGCAACACGGUCUUUUGUGCAGCUCCGCAGCCUGGAUCAUAAACGGCAAGCAAGGAGCAUUAGCUUACAAAUUGGCCGAUCAAGGAUAUAACGUUUGGUUGGGCAACUUCCGCGGGAACACUUACUCGAGAACGCACAUUUCUCUGUCGCCGUCAGAUUCGAAGUUCUGGGAUUUCAGCUUUGAAGAAAUUGGCACGUAUGAUCUUCCCGCGAUUAUCUCAUAUAUCACGAACCUAACGUCGAAACCAUUGUAUACGUACAUCGGUCAUUCGAUGGGCACGACCACAUUUUAUGUGAUGGCAAUAAAACGUCCAGAAAUUGCUAAAAUGGUCAGAAUGAUGAUCAGCCUCGCACCAGCAGCCUUUAUAGGAAAUAUGACAAGCUCAUUGCAAUUGCUCGUUCCUUUUACAAGUUCCUUCGAGGCAAUGCAUUUCUUAGGCAUAUAUGAAUUCUUGCCGACGAACUGUGUACUGCAGUAUCUAAUGAAAGUGUUAUGCAACAUCGAUUUCUUUACACAACAGAUCUGCAGUAACAUAAUUUUCUAUAUCUGCGGCUUCGAUGAAGAACAGUUUAAUUAUAAUUUAUUGCCCAUGAUCUUGGUCCAAUUUCCAUCCGGCACUUCAAUCAAACUCGUGUCGCAUUUCCUUCAGGAAAUAAACUCGGGCAAGUUUCGUGCAUACGAUUACGGAAGAGAAAAAAAUAUGCAGAUCUACAAUGCGACAAUACCACCCGAUUACGAUUUAUCACGUAUCACAGUACCGAUCGCGCUGAUUCAUGCCGGUAACGAUUGGGUUGUUACUGAAAAAGACUUGAAGAUGCUUCGUGACUCGCUUACCAAUAUAGUGGAAGACUACAGAGUGCCAUUUCCCAAAUUCAAUCACGCCGUCUUUAUGUGGGCCAAAGACGUAGAUGCGCUGGUGCGUAAUAACUUCGUAUAG